UUCCACCACCGUCGCGUCGUCGUCGUCGUCGUGGUUUCAGUAGCAGGAAACGGUGCUGCGGUCUACCGACGACCAUCUCGACAGCAACGUGGUGAGUGGCGUCGUGAGUGCGAGAGUGUGUGAGUGUGCGUUGCGAGAUGAGGUGGCUCCCCCCCGUGUGGUGGGCGCUACUGCUCGUCGGCGUCGCGACGACCACGACGGCGGCCGCCAAAAAACAACCAUCGUCACCCCCCUCGAACCAGGAUGCGGCGGUGAUCGAGGAGGUUACCGCCAAACAGCUCGAUCGCAUUUUACAAGACAAGGGGUUCGUUGCGGUAUUUUGGUACACCCGAAGUUGUACGACGUGCGACAAGGUAUUAGAUGAACUGGAGCAAAUAGAUGACGAGACCGAUUCGUUCGGGGUAGAUUUUGUGAAAAUUAACGAUAAACGAUUAGCGAAACAAUAUGGGAUCACCAAAUUUCCGGCGCUCACCUAUUUUAGGGACAAGCAACCCAUCAUCUACGAAGGUGACUUGAUGGACGAAGAGAACGUGCUCGAUUUCCUCACUAGUUUGGAGGCGAUGGACCUGCCGGACAGAAUCGAAGAAGUGAACGCGAAAAUUCUGGAUAAAAUCGUCCAGGAAACCGAUUUCGUCGCAGUGUUGUUCUGUCCGGACGCUGAAAAGUGUCAAAAGGCGGGCGCCAACAAGCCCGAGUGCAAAAAAUGCUCGAAAGUCUUGAUGGAACUGGAGAAUAUCGACGACGAGGCGGACCAACUGGGCAUAGGGUUCGUUAAGAUUAACGACGAAGAUCUGGCCGAGGAGUACAAUUUGGAACCGCUGCCCGCUCUGGUGUACUACAGACACCAAAUUCCCAUAAUUUAUUCAGGAGACCUAACCAAAGAGGAAGACGUGCUAGAGUGGCUGGUGCAACACAAAAGUACCGGAGACGAAGACGAUGUGAUUGAAGACGUAACUCUGAAGACCCUAAGCACUUUGAUUAGUAGCGUGGACCAUUUGGCUGUACUCUUUUACGACCAUGGAGAUGACGAAUCCAUGCAGGCUCUGGAAGAACUCGAGCACAUCGAUGACGAUUGUGACAAAUACGGUAUCCAGUUUGUUAAAAUUGACGAUCCGGCUGCGGCAGAUGAAUAUGGAUUGGACUCGUUGCCUUCGGUGGUAUACUUUGAAAAGGGGAUUCCCAACGUGUACGACGGGGAUUUAGAAGAGGAGGACGAUUUCUUGCAGUGGCUGGUCGAUCAGCUGGAAAAGGACGAAAUCGAGGAUGUCACCGACGAGAUGCUCGAUAAAUUAAUUGCGGAGGGCAAGAAUUUGGCCGUUUUGUUUUACGAUGACGACGACAAAAAAUCCCAAAAAGUCCUGAACGAACUCGAAAACAUCGACGACGAGUGCGACAAACUCGGGGUCGUAUUCGUCAAGAUUGACAAUCCGGACGAGGCGAAAGAAUACGGUAUCGAGAAAAUUCCAUCGUUGGUAUACUUCGAGGGCGGAAUCCCCACUUUAUACGAGGGCAACCUGGAGGACGAAGACAAAGUACUGAAGUGGUUCGAGCAUCAAGUGAAAAGCGACGAGAUCGAGGACGUAACCGACGAAAUGCUCGAUAUGAUUUUGGCGAAGAAACAAUACGUCGCCGUGCUCUUUUACGAUAAGGACCAAAAGAAAUCCCAAAAAAUCCUAACGGAACUGGAGAAUAUCGACGACGAGUGCGAUCAGAACAACAUCGUGUUUGUUAAAAUCGAUAACGACGAUGAGGCCAAGGAGUACGGUAUCGAUACGAUUCCCAGUCUGGUGUUUUUUGAAAAGAAAAUCCCCCAUUUAUAUGAAGGAGACUUAAUGAAGGAAGAAGAGCUACUCGGCUGGCUGAUCCACCAAAAAAAACACAGCGAAAUCCCGGACAUCACUGACGAAAUGAUGGAUUUGCUCAUCGACCAACAAAAGUAUCUCGCCGUCUUGUUUUAUGACAAAGACGACAAGCAAGACAUGCGGGUCCUAAAUGAACUGGAGAACAUCGACGACGAUUUGGAAAAAGAAGGGAUCGUUAUGGUGAGGAUCGACAACGAUGCCGAAGCUAAAGAGUUCGGUAUCGACCAUUUGCCCACUUUAAUAUACUUUGAAGAGAAAAUACCCUCGAUUUACGAAGGAGAUUUGAUGAAUGAAGAUGAGGUCCUAAAAUGGCUGAUCGAACAAAAGAACACGGCAACAAUCGAAGAAGUGACCGACGAAAUCUUGGAAGAUCUAAUCAACGAGCACGAGUACGUCGUGGUUUAUUUCAGCGGUAACUGCGACGAGGGCGACAAAUGCGACAACAUCCUGGACGAAUUGGAAAACAUCGACGACGAACUGGACGAAAACGGCAUCAUAUUCGUUACCACCGAAGAUUUAGUUCUGGCGAAGAAGUACGGCAUCAAAACUUACCCGAAACUGGUGUUCUUUAGGAAUAAAGAGCCGCUUGUUUAUGAGGGUGACAUCGAGGACGAAGAUGAAGUAUUGGCCUGGUUAACAGAUGAAGACACCCUGGAAAUCCCCGAUCGAAUCGAAGAAGUCAACACCAAAAUGCUGGAUAAGAUCUUGGCCGAGAAUGAAUACGUUGUCGUCUACUUUUAUAAAGAAGGAGAUAAAAAGUCGCAAAAGAUCUUACAGGAGCUCGAGAACAUCGACGACGAGUGCGAAGACAAGGACAUCGAUUUCGUUAAAAUUUCCGACGAAGGAAUUCAGAAGGAGUAUGAUCUACCUUCGUUACCGGCCGUCGUGUUUUAUAGGAACCGGUUUAGAGAAAUCUACCCCGGAGACCUAAUGCACGAGGAGGCCCUCCUGGACUGGAUCCUAAAUUUAAAAGAAUCAGCCCCGGACGUAAUCGAAAACGUUGACAGAAAAACUCUUCAGGUUUUGAUAAAUGACGUUGAACAUUUGGCCGUGCUAUUCUACACUGACAACUGUGACGAGUGCGACGAGAUCUUAGAGGAACUGGAGACGAUAGACGACGAUACCGAUAAACAUGGAAUACAAUUCGUCAAGUCGAAAGAUGCGAAAUUGGCCUCGGAAAUUGGCAUUUUCAGUUUUCCCGCUCUGGUUUACUACGAGACCGGCGUGCCCAUCAUGUACGACGGUAACCUCUUGGACGUAAGUGAGGUUCUAGAUUGGAUGACCGAUCAAAAAAAUGAUGAAAGCAUCGAAGAAAUCAACAGGGAAACCCUUUUUAAGUAUAUCGACACCAAGGAGUUCCUGGCAGUUGUAUUUUACAAAGAAGAGGAUCCAGACAGUCCGAGAAUCCUGCGUCACAUUGAACUAAUUGACGACGAAGCGAGCGAAUAUGGAAUAAAAAUCGUGAAAAUGAAGGAUCGAUUAAUGGCUAAGAAGUAUGGUUUCCGUAACCCACCGGGGGUCACCUACUUUAGGAAAGGCAAACAUAUCAACUACGAUGGUGACAUAGAUGACGAGGAAGAACUUUUGGACUGGAUCACAGAGCCCGAAAACAUGGAACUCACUGACCAUAUCGAGAGAGUAAACAGGAAAAUGUUCGAGAAAAUUAAGCAAAGAUCCGAUUAUGUCGCGGUGUUUCUUUAUAGUGCCGAUUGUAAGCAGUGCCCCAGGGUGUUAACUGAAGUGGAGCACAUUGACGAUGAUGCCGAUGCAGCUGGGAUUAAUUUUGUUAAAAUCGAUGAUAAAUCACUUGCCAAAGAAUAUGGUGUGUUCGCCCUCCCAGCGAUUCUUUUCUUUAAAACAGGCUCAAAAGAACCGGUAAUCUAUGCAGGAGACCUUUUUGACGAGCAACAAAUCCUGCAAUGGCUCCUGACCCAAAAAGAUCCCUCUGGGGAGAUCAUUGAGGCCCUUGAAGGGGCUGAACUGAAAUCUUUUAUCGAGAACGAAGAGGCUUUGGCAGUGUAUUUUUGGAACAAGACGCUCUGCGAUUUAUGCCAGGAAAGUGAGCAGGCAACGGUCAAAUCAAAAAAGUCUAGUAAAAAGCAGUCGGAGAGUGAUGACGAGAUUUCUGAGGAUUCUAAUGAUGGGGAUGAUUGCGAGCAGUGCUCCCAAAUCCUGGAAGAACUGGAAAACAUUGAUGAUGACUGUGAGAGGCAUGGCAUCAAGUUUGUAAAAACCAACGAUUUAAAGAUCGCGGAACAGUAUGGGGCGUCAGACUUUCCUGUAUUGAUGUACUUCGAAAAUGGAGUUGGAGGAGUGUUUGAAGGCGAUCUGGAAGAAGAAGAAGAGGUGCUGCAAUGGCUAAUCCAGCAAAGAACAGAGGACCGUAUAGAGUUGAUAACGCGGGUAAUGCUCGAGCGGAUGGUAGAAGACACCCAGUACCUGGCAGUUUAUUUCUAUAAGCCAAACUGUCAUAUUUGCGAGCAGAUUCUGGAGGAACUGGAACAAAUCGACGACGAGUGUGACGUUUACGGGAUCCAAUUGGUGAGGAUACAGGACCCCCAGUUGGCCAAAAGAUACAGUAUAAAAACGUUUCCGGCAUUGGUUUAUUUCCGGAACGGUAAUCCCCUGUUGUUCGAGGGUGAUUUGCAGAACGAGCAAAGCGUCUUGGAAUGGCUGAUUGACGACGAUAAUCGCGAAUUGGCCGAUCAAAUUGAGGCGGUUAACGAUCGGAUGUUGUCCAGGUUGCUUAGCGAGUCUCCCUUUUUGGCGGUGUUCUUUUAUGACGAAGAUUGUCCAGAAUGCGACGAGAUCCUGGAGAACCUGGAGGAGAUCGAUGGGGAGGCGGACCUUUUCGGGAUCGAUUUCGUGAAGAUUCGUAGUGCGGAGGCGGCAGCAGAGCAGGGGCUGCACACCCUGCCCGCCCUGAUGUAUUUUAGGAAAAAGAAGCCCAUGGUGUACGAAGGGGAUUUAACACAAGCGGACAUGGUGCUGGACUGGCUCACCUCCCAAGACGUGUUCGAAAUCAAAAACGAGAUCGAGGAAGUGAACAAGAAGAUGCUGGAAAAGCUCCUGGAGGAAAACGAGUUCGUUACGGUGUUCUUUUACGAAAUAAACUCCGAAGAGUCCCGACAGAUCAUGGAAAAACUUGAAAUAAUCGACAACGAGACCGACAACUUCGACAUCACGUUCGUCAAGAUGGCGGACGCGCGCUACGCACGCCGCUGGGGCGUCACCAAUUUGCCGGCGAUCGUGUAUUUCCGGAAACGUUUCCCGAGCAUUUACCGAGGCGAUUUACAUUCCGAAAAAGACGUGCUUGAAUGGCUCAGAAAAAACAGAUAUCGUCAACCAGAACUGAACAUUUUCAUGUACGCCCUCCUGGCGAUCGGAGUGGCGUUCGUCAUUUACACCGCGUUCCUUCUGCAGUGCUUCAAGCCGCCGUCCAACACCCAAGUGGUGCCCCACCAUCCCAAACAGAGUUAAUACAAAAAAAAAACAGUGAAAAGUGAUUAAUCGCUUGUAAAGUGUCCAGAGUAAAGGGGGGCGCCACUUAGACCCGGACCAACCAUCGAAAUGUGUUCUCUAACCGACUAUUUUAAGCAUAUUACUGUCUACAGUGGUUCAUUUCUGUUCAAUCAGGCAUUUUUUUCAGUAAUUUAUAGUUAUUUGGCUGUACGUUUGUAUUGUAUCAUUCCCAAAAGUAAGGACAUUUAAGGGAAGCAUAUCUAUUAUUAUAAUUACUACUGGUAGACGUUUUUUUUUGUUGUGUUUAUAGGCGUUUUGGUUUAUUUUGUGGCAGUAUGUAAAUAUUGUAAAUAAAUGAUUAAGUUCC